UAUAAGUAAUUCUCUCUUGUGACACUGCUGCUUUCACUUAUCAUACUUGCACAUAUAUAGUUUCCUGAAGUGAGCUAGCACAUAUAGCUAGUUUUAAUUAGUAUCAUUGAUCAUGGGAGAGUCUUCUAAUUCUUCUUCUGCUUCAUACAUUCAUAUGGUGCACCACCUGAUUGAGAAGUGUUUGACCUUUCACAUGUCAAAGGAAGAGUGCAUGGAAGCUCUCUCCAAGCAUGCAAAUAUUAAGCCUGUCAUAACAUCCACUGUGUGGAACGAGCUAGAGAAAGAAAACAAGGAGUUUUUCGAGGAGUAUGCCAAAGGUAAGAGUAAAGAAGACCGAAUGUCGGAGGAAGAGACAACCCAAAUGUUACAGAAGAUGAUCUCAGAUUCCUCUAAAGGUGCUGCCAAGGACUAAUCGAUCAGCCAUUGAAAACGAUUUCACCUCUCUGUGUGUGUGUUUUUGCUAGCUACCUUCCACUACCAUGCAUGCGUGUGGUUCAUUUUCCUCACACUUCCAUUUGCAAUAAGCCAAAACACACAAACAUAUGUACACCUUCUCUUUCUCUCUAGCUACGUACGCUACUAUCGAAUGUGGUCCUUAAUUAAGUUUCCAAUUAAUGCACAUGGAUAUUUCUUAUUAAUUAUUCUUAAA